AAACAUCUCGAGGAACGGAUGUGUUUAGGCUUUUUUCUACCAUAGAGAAUAAAAAGCACUCUCAAAUGUUAGUCAUCUCGGGGCACACUACAUGGAUUCACCGGUUGAAUCCUCAGGCUUAUAAUGCUGAGAUGCGACUCGGUACACUGAUAUUUAAGCUUUUGGCAGCUGUACCUGAACAACAAAAGUCAAACUUUUUAAAAAUGGAUGAGCGUAAAGAAAGGUCUUGGUAG